GAGAGAGAGAGAGAGAGAUUGGAAAGAAAGAAAGAAUGAAAAACCAAUAAUAGCUAAACCUAAAGACACAUACACAAAACAAACAAACAACAACAACAACAAAAAACGCACAAAACAAUAAUUGAAGAGAAAAAACCCUGAACGAUCUGUCAGAUCCCCAAAUGACUUGUGAAACAGACAUAAACCGAUAAAAGAAAAACAGAAAGAAUGAAAGGUGACAGGGACAGAGAGGGAAAAGCCCUUGCUAUUACAUACUGUAUAAAGCCUUCUGAGGGCCGAUUAUUGUGAUAAAGGGUUAGAGAGAGAAAAGGAGAGAAAGAGACAGAUAGACAAAAAAAAAAAAAAAAAAAAAAAAAAUCCCGCGUUUCUAUAUAUUUCUCUCUUUUCACUUCCUCUUUUUCCUUCGUUUUCCCAACUUGUUAUCCCUAAAAAAAAAAAAAAAAAAAAAAACAUAAUUUUCCCCUCUUUUUUUCUUAAAACAAAGAACAUUGACAAGGCGUCUUCACGUAAACUGCUCAGUCCUUUCGUGAAAAUGUUUGCCUUGGGUUCCGGCCGCUUACCCUACCUGCUCCUGCUGGUGGCCCUCCUCUGCUUCCUGCUCCCCCUGGCGGCCGAAGCGGAGACCUCUGAGGAUGAGUUCCGAGGAGGAGGAGGAGGCGGUGGAGGCGGAGGAGGAGGUGGAGGAGGAGGAGGAGGAGGAGGAAGUGUGAACGGCAGGGAGGGCAGGAGAGGAAAUCGGAACGCGAGGAACAAGGAGGAAAACGAGAUCCAGCGACCACGCAGCAGGAGGAAAGGAGGCCAGAGUCGAGUGAAGGUCACCAUGGCGACCCUGCAGCAGGCGGUGACUGAGGCCCUGGAGGAACAGCUGGAACCCCUGAACACCGCCCUCAGGCUCAUCCGCCUCGACGCCUUUGCAGAGAACAUCCAUCGACAGCUGGGGACAAUGGAGCACAUUCAGAGUAAACUGCUGACGGAGUAUGGCGACCGAGUGGCGGCGCUUGACCGAACUCUCAGCCGUCGUCGCGGUGGUGAUGACCUUCUCUCCGACCGCCUGGACAGCGACGACUACCCUCAGGCCAGUAUGAGCCACGACCUCUCCGACGUAACCGAGGCUGUGCGAGAAGCGGUGACCUCCAUCAGCAGCAGACUUCAGGCCACCGAGAGGCGCUUCAAGGAGGACCUGGCGACCCUCGAGAACCGAACGACGGAGGCGCUGAAGAAGUCCCACGCCGACCUCGACCGCCGCAUCGCCAUCGCCGGGCUCGACAGCGUUCUCAUACUCAACACGCUGGACAAGCUGGCCAACAAGACGUGCGCCACAGGAUCUCAGGACCGCAGGAGCGCCAACGCACACCAGGGGAUCCGCGGAGACACGCCCGCACGCCCACGCCCUCACCGUACCCAUGUCGAAGAGGACGCCGAGGGGGUGGCUCAGGAUGAGCUGGCAUAUUUCCCCGCCGAGGAGGAGGAUCAGGUUCCAACAAGCGGGUCUUCGGGAGAGCGUGUGAGGACCUGGCUCAUCCGUGAGAGUGGGCGGCCCGUGACCGAAGUGCAGACUCUCAACCUCGGUAUGGUCAGUCGCCUGGCUUCCGAGAUCGCUAAGCAGAUGGCCGAAGGUGAUCUAGACGCCAACCAGCCCCGUGACUGCGCCGCCGUGGCCGCUGCAGGAGAAACGACCAGCGGCGUCUACACGAUCUUCCCCGCGUCGUGCACGGCCAGGUUCUCGGUGCAGGUCUGGUGUGAACUGGAGGAGGACGACAACGCAUGGACGGUCCUUCAGCGGCGCGGCUCCAGGACCUCUGAGAUGCCUCACCCCGUCGUCGACUUCUUCAGGGACUGGGCCGAGUAUAAGUGGGGCUUCGGUGACCUCGAGGGGGAGUACUGGCUGGGCAACGAGUACAUCCACCAACUGACACAAUCCGGAGACUACGAGCUACGAGUUGACCUGUUAGACUGGGCUAACGAGACUCGCUGGGCAACCUACAAGCACUUCGCACUUAGCAACGAAGAUCACAACUACACUCUCAGCCUUGGAGAUUACGAAGGCACUGCUGGUAAUUCCCUCAAGUACCACCAGGGGGCUCCCUUCAGCACCAGGGACAGGGACAACGACUUCAACCCCAGGGGACACUGCGCUCGGACGUUCCACGGAGCAUGGUGGUUCACUGCCUGCCACGAGUCCCACCUGAACGGGCGGUACCACCACGGGCGCCACAAGAGCUACGGCGACGGCAUCAACUGGAUGGCCUUCAGAGGACACAACUAUUCCCUGAAAUUCUCGAGGUUGAUGAUCAGGCGUGCCAACCUCUAGAUGACGCGCGCCGAUGCUGGAGGAGAGAUGCGUCACCUUACAAAAGGAUUGGGGGGGAGAGGGGGUGGGGGGGUUGGGUUGUAGGAGUUAUAUGUAUAUGUGAUGGUUGUCAGUCUGUAUUGAAUUAUGUGUACGUAUAACAGAAGGUUGUAUAUGUGGUGGUAUAUGUAUAUAUACAUGCAUACAUAUAUCAUACAUCACACACACACACGCACACACACACACACACACACACACACACACACACACAGACACACACACACACACACACACACACACACACACA